AUGGAUAGUCCCAAUCACUGGCGAAUCUACAUCCCUAAAAAGAGACAAGGAGACGAGUUGAAAGAUCUCGAAACUAAAAGGCGAAGGCUCCACGAGGAAGAGGUACAAGCAAGGAAAGACAUCAAGGCUCGCGGAACCUUCAACGAAGACUUUUUCAGCGGAGCCUCGCGUGCAGAAAGCAAAACCCUGGAGAGAUUGCGCAUUGCCUCCGAUAUUUCUUUUUCGCAGUUCCAGGGUGACUUUGAAACAUGGCAGAAUCGGGAGGCUGCCAAAGACCUCUUCUCGAAAAUACGCGCAGCCGAGGAAAGAGAACAGCGGUUCAAACAGCGCAGCGAGGCAAUGGCAGCGGACAAGAACACCCCCGACGGAGUCUUUAGAGGCAUAUUUAUGAGGUUAUUUACAAGCGCUAGAACGGGCAUGGAUAUUAAGGGGGUUGGAGAGGGUGCGAGAGAUGGAACUACACAAUAUAACUUCCGCAAGAAACUUCUCAAAGACCAGAACAGUUUGGAUACAGAGGGGUACGCCUGGUGCCCAAUUAUUCAGCGCCGGUUUUACGAAAAGGACAUGAGGGCCGGUCACAUAUUUUCAUACAAGCACGGUCAAGAGAUGAUGGAUGAAAUUUUUGGCAAGAUACGUCCAGAAGAGAUGUUUUCGUCCAAAAAUGGCAUUAUUAUCCACAAAUCUAUUGAAGAGCAAUUUGAUAAAGGCGUAUUUGUGAUUGUUCCAGAUAUCCCGGAUGAGUUCUCAAUGGAACAAGUAAGAGUCUGGGUCACAGGAGAAGUCCGAAACUACAAAAUUCGGAUUAUCGACUCUACAUUUCACAAACUAGAUCAUGGCGUCAUAGAACCUGACAGCUCUAUGACAUGGCGAAGCCUUGACAAUAGAAAGCUCGUAUUCAAAAGCAACGCCCGUCCUGCAGCCCGAUACCUGUACUUCCACUAUUGUCUACAAAUACUGAGACGAGCUUGGAAGGCUGCGCCCGGGGAGAAACAGGCUCUAACCCUGUAUGAUCAAUUUGGGUGUCGUGUGUGGGCUACACCAGGGAAAUACAUCGGGAGGAAGAUGCUCAAAGCACUAGUCGACACCCUCGGGCAUGAGUAUCAAGAUCUGAUGAUAGGUUCAUCGAUGAAGUCCGGAGAUGUCGACCAUUUAAUGAAUUGUUUGACCAGACAAAUCAGCGAAACUCCGGUUCCCGAUGAGAUGACCGAAGAGGAUGCUUAUGAAAGCGACAAUGAAAGCGAGGAUGAAGGGGAGGAGGACGUUUACGCGGAUGAGUGA